UUCAAUUAUAUUACUGAGUUAAUUCUACUUUUCAAUUUUAAUUGCUGCACUAAAAGGGAAGUUACCAGUUUUAAGAGUUGAAACACCUUGUAUAUCGAGUGGGCAGCUGCAAAAGAAAACAUCACGGAGUAGCUAAUGCAGCCACAUCCAUAUGACAUGUUGAAUGUAUAAACAUUUUACAAAAUUUUGAAUUAAAUUGUUAAUUGCUACAGGAGUGUCACAUGCAGGCAAAGUAAAGCUUAUUUUUCUUUAAUUUAAAAUUACAAAGUAAUGGAAGUUACACGAUCAAACUUUCUUCAGUUGCUCCCUUCAAUAAAGGAGGCAAUAGCCAAAUGCGACUUUAUAGUAAUUGACUGCGAAUUAACCGGUUUAAAUACGGUAAAUAAUAUCAACGCGUUCGACACCCAAAAACAGUACUACGAGAAAGUACGGCGAAACUCGAAGGACUUCUUAAUUAUUCAGUACGGCUUAUGCAUGUUCAGGUAUGACGUCGACAAGAAAGUCUACAAACAGCAAGGGUACAACUUUUACAUCUUUCAAACUGGCGCAAAUAAGUUCGUGCCCGAUCAUCGAUUUUUGUGUCAGUCGUCUAGUUUAGAUUUCCUAUCCGGUAGUGGAUUCGAUUUUAAUAAGCUCUUCAAGGAGGGGAUCUCGUACUUGAACUCGAACGAAGAGGAGAAAUGUCGCGCCUCGUUAUCGGACGCGCAGAAAGUACGCGCCAAUAAACUGCACAACAACAGUUUCACCCCGGAAAAGUGCAACCAGGCGAUAAACGACGAAGAUAAGGAGCUCGUCAAUAAUAUUUUCAACGAAAUACGCGAUUUUAUAGCGAGCGACAAAGAAGAGCACGUCCUUCCGAAAUGUAACGCGUACAUUAGGCGAUUGGUUUAUCAACAGGCGGAGGCGAAGCUCGCGAAUAAAGCCAGUUUGGAGACUAGGGCGUUAGAAAAUAGGGAUCACGUGCUUGUAGUAACCCGAUUAAAGUCGAAGGAGGACAGAGAAGCGAUGAAUCGAAAGGUCGUCGAGAGGGAAGAGGAACAGCUGCGGCAAAGUAUCGGGUUUGCCUCUGUUAUAAAAGCAAUUGUCGAAUCUGGGAAAUUGGUCGUCGGUCACAAUAUGUGCCUGGAUCUUCUCCACACAAUUCAUCAAUUUUUGAUUCCUUUGCCCUUCGAAUAUCAGGAAUUUAAGGAAAUUGCUCAUUAUUCGUUUCCUAAAAUAUUGGAUACGAAGUACAUGUCUAGUACAGCGCCACUGAGGGGUUUGAUCGAUUCAACAGUCGUGGCUCAUUUGCUGGCCACUGUUCAGAAGGAACCCUUUAAAAUUCCCGAUAUAGAAGUUGAGGAAAACCUGGAGGGAUACACUCUUGACAACACCAAGCAACACGAGGCGGGCUACGACGCGUACAUAACCGGCGUUAGUUUUCUAGCAAUGUGGAAUUACCUACACACCUUAAAUGGACAAAGUGAAAGUUACCCAAACUUUUCGCUACUAGAUCCAUACUGUAAUAGGUUAUUCCUGAUGCGGUUGCAGGAUUGUCCCUAUAUGAAUUUAGCGGGAACGGACGUGAUCCCCAGUAGGGAACAUAUUGUGUACCUGUCAUUUCCAAAGACUUGGAAGCAGAAUGACAUUUUCCAAUUGUUUAGCCCGUUUGGUAACGUAUUCAUCGCUUGGAUUGAUGACCAGUCGGCCUACAUUGCUCUGCAAAGACGGGAUCAGAUUUCAAUUGUUUUAAGUACACUUUCACAAAGCGAAACUUACACGAUUAUGUCUUACGCGCAACGUCAAGCGCAUCUUGCGGGUGAUACCGGUCUGGGUCUACUACCGAAACAGAGGACGAGAGCGGCGAGUGAAAUCAAUCCGUCUGUCAAGAAGAGGAAAAUGGUUAGCGAAGGGGGGGGUAUUACAAAGGAGAAGGUAACCCUCAAUUUAACCCCAUUUGUAAAUAAGAAAACAAAAAUUGAAAAAUCUGCUCAGAAACAAACUUUUGACGAGCCUAGUGAUUGGGAAUGACUAUGUAAAGUCAAAUAAAGAAAUGCAAUACA